UCCAAUUUCAAUCAACAAACAAACGAUAGUGACAUACUGCUAUGACUUUUACAACGUGCAACGCUUUAUGUAGUAUUUGUGUAAUUAUAAUAGGGUAAAUUUGUUUUUCUAAAUGCACAUGCGUUUUAAUUCAAGCAAACGCAAUAUGGUUCCAAAUCACUGGUGAUUCAAUAUGAAGAUGGCAAACACAUCACGGAAGGGACAAGUAUACAGUGUUGGCAAUUACCUUAUGACUGGUAAGGUAUUAGGUAAAGGACACUUCGCAAGAGUUGAGGAGGCAACGCACAGGAUUAUAGGAAAAAAGGUGGCUAUAAAAAUAAUUGAUCUUACCUGUAUAAAAGAAGAGUACGCCCGCCGCAACCUGCACAGAGAGCCGAGAGUUAUGGCCAAGUUGCGGCACCCGUGUAUCGCUGCCCUAUACGAAACUAUGAUGCACGGGCCGCGGCUGUACGUAGUGAUGGAGGCGGCGGGCGGAGGCGACCUGUGCGCACACGUGCUGGCGACACGCGGCGCAGCACGAGGCCUGCCGGAGGGCCGCGCGCGCGCCCUCGCCGCGCAGCUUGUCUCCGCCGUGCGCCACAUGCACUGUCGCGGCGUCGUGCACCGUGAUUUAAAAAUGGAGAACAUCAUGCUGGAUAGCACGAAGCAGUUCAUCAAAAUUGUAGAUUUUGGCCUUUCCAACGUGUGGAACAUCAGCGGGGCGCUCUGCACGCCGUGCGGCUCACUCGAGUACGCGGCACCCGAAUUGUUCGUCGACGGGCGACGUUACGGGCCCGAAGUCGAUCUCUGGAGCAUCGGUGUGAUAGUGUACGGCAUGGUGACGGGCAGCUUGCCGUUCGCGGACGCGGAGUCGGCGGAGGGGCGGUCGCGGCCGCAGCUGCGCGCCGCCAUCGCGCGCGGCUUCUCCCGCAAGCAGCGCGUCGCGCUCGCAUGCGUCUCCAGCGAAUGCAAGACGUUUAUCCAACACCUUCUAGAACCGAACGUGGAGCUCCGGCUGAAGAUUGAGGAAGCGGCGCGACAUCGCUGGAUACGCAAGCCCGGCAUGAGGAUGAAGACGCACCCCCUGGGCGCCACUGAACCCAAAAUUAACAGAGAGAUUUAUAACCAAGUGGCCGAGCUUUGCGGUCAGACCAAGGUGGACGUGAUAACUCAGAUAAAGGCGGACCCGUUCGGUCCCGUGGCGGGCAUCUACAACAUAAAGACGCACCUACACCUCAUGCACUCGGUGGCCGGCGCCGACAUGCUCUGGUCCACCAACACCGUGGAGGCCCGCCCUCUCUCCCCGCCAGAGUACAGGGUCAGGACCGACCUCGAAGCUUCCUCGAGCAGCAGAAGAUUCUUCGGACACUCCCCCCCUAGAGGCUCCAAGAGCCCGAUCAGAAGGACGACAACUAUGCCGCCGAAGCCGCCCGACAUCAAAAUCCAAACCGCACCUAAACCCGGCGCCGCGUUCACCAAGGCGUCGCCGACGACCACCAUCCCCAAGGACAUUUUGAGGCAAAGAAUAAUCGACAGAAGGGUCGAAAAGGCGAAAGCCAUCGAGGGCGCAAAGAAGAAUCCGGCCGAGCAGAGCCCGAAGGCGAGCAAUCAGACGGCGCCCGCUCACUUCAUAUCGAAUAAGAUAAUAGUGUACGACAGCGGCGACUGCACGAUGAACUCGCGGCUGCCCAGCAUCACGGAGCACUCCAGCACCGACGUGGCAGAGCGGGGCGGGGCGCGGGGAGGCGCGCGGGGCGGGGCGCACAAGCCGCCGGAGGAGCGCGCGCUGCGUCUCGGCGCCUGCCCCAACGCACUCGACUGUCGCCGGGCAGACUUCUACCGGCGCGCGGGAGAUGGCCUGCCCAGUUGGCGAGUGGGUGGUCCACUGGCGACGCCGCCCGCGCGCCUGCUCAUCCAGACCACCGCGACGGGCAUCAAGCGCGCUUCUCUAGGAAACAUCAUCAGUCCUCACUCGUCAACUAACAGCCAUUGCAAGAGCGAAAGGGCGAUGCCGGUGCCGUGGUUCUCGAGCAAGGCGACGCUGAGCAAGGAGACGACGCACACGCAGCGCAUCAGACGGACGGCGCCGAUCAAGUGACGCAGUGUCCCGGGCACGACUCUCGCGCGCCCGAAUAUUUUUGACGGCCAUAUUUUUUAAGCAUUUUUGUUUGUAAAAAAAUUCUUUUAUCGAGACCACCUCAUGUAAGUUUAAGCGAAUUAUAAUUUUUUUUUAUCUUACUGUACCGGCUACUAAAUACAGGUGGUUUUUUUAAACAAUCUUCUUUUCGACUUAUUGCCUUAUCUAUAUACUUUAUAUGUAAAAUGAAAAAAUAGAGCAAUUUUUACAAAUUGA